UAUUGGAAUACCUAGCUUUCAAGAUACUCAUCUUUCUUAUAUAGCAGCAAAUAUAGCAAAAAAAAAAAAAAAAGAAGGUUAAAAGUAUAGAGACUACAGUUGCACCGAAUGUGAAGGCUUUGGAGCUACUGUUUUGAGGAAAUGGAGAGUAAGAGAAGCUGUACUGCUGCUGCUGCUGCUGCUACUUGUAGUAAUGAAAGAGAAGAUGAAGAAGCUGAGGCUGAGGCUCUCAAGAAGAGAAUCUCUAGCCAUCCUUUGUAUGGACUCUUGGUUCAGACUCAUAUGGACUGUUUGAAGGUUGUUAGCAUUGAUGAAGCUGACCACAGUCAUGAAGUGAAGCAGAAGAUAGCUGCUGGUAAAAAGACAAGUUCAAGGUCUUUAAUUCAGCCAGAGCUAGAUCAAUUCAUGGAAACAUAUUGCUUAGCUUUAAGCAAGCUAAAAGAAGCAAUGGAGGAACCUCAGCAAGAAACAGUAGCUUUCAUCAAUAGCAUGCAUCUUCAACUUAGGGAGCUCACCACAACAUCCAGACAUCAGGAGGAAGCAAGGGUAACUCAUGAUAGACCCAACAACAACUAAGUCUUAAUCGCAAAUUAGCUUGGUUCGGCUAUUUGUAGAGUCUGUUUUUCUAUGAUAUUGGCUACUAAUUACAUUGAAACCAUUGUCUUGGAGAGUACAUGUAACAGAAUCAUAGUCAUCAUAAAUUCAAGUAUGGUCCAGUCUACGAUCUAAAUCCACUCUUCAAAAAUGCUAUUUUUCACUUGCUUUCA